GCAGCCGUCGGCCAAAGGGAAAAUACUUUGGUUUUUUUUUUUUUUUUGAAGAUGCGGUUGAGGACACUACCUCGCCUGGAGCUGCCGGCUGCGGCGGACAUGCAUGUCCACCUCCGUCAGGAUGCCAUGAUGCAGUUAGUUACGCCCUACAUUCGAAAGGGAGGGGUUGAUACUGUCUUUGUGAUGCCAAACCUUCAGCCACCCGUUACAACCGUUGCCCAGGCACUAGAGUACAGAUCCAAACUUCAGGAGAUCGAGCCCAACGUUCACUAUCUCAUGUCACUAUACCUUCAUGAUUCCAUUACCCCGGAAGUCAUCAAAGAGGCCGCUGCCGCCGGUAUCGCUGGCGUCAAGGUCUACCCCCAAGGGGUGACUACCAACUCCGCAGCCGGUGUUACCAGUCUGGAUGACUUCUACCCGGUAUUUGAGGCGAUGGAAGAGCAUGACCUCGUCCUCAACUUGCAUGGAGAAGUCCCUGAUGUCGAUGUAAUGAAUGCGGAAGAGGCAUUCUUGCCCACCCUGAAGCGUAUUAAUGAUAGGUUCCCAAAACUACGGAUAGUGCUUGAACACUGUACCACUUCUGCUGCCGUUGAGACUGUACGCUCCUGUGGACCGACAGUUGCCGCCACUAUUACCGCACAUCAUCUCUAUCUCACAGCCGAUGAUACCGUUGAUCCACUAGCUUUCUGUAAACCCAUUGCUAAGACGCCGGCAGAUCGAGACGCCCUUAUAAGGGCUAUAUGCAGCGGGGACUCGAAAUUCUUCCUAGGAACUGAUAGCGCCCCGCAUCCGAAAUCAGCCAAGGAACAGCCAAAGCCAGCAGCCGGUGUUUUCACCCAGCCAUAUGCAACACAAUAUAUCCUCCUCGCUUUGGAGGAUGCCACCGAGCGUAGCAUCAUCCAGGAGUCUGCUGUCACUCAAGAACGCCUUGAGGGAUUCCUUAGCAGGUUCGGCAGACGGUUCUACAAAUUGCCCGAACCAGAGCCAGGGAAGAUCAUUCUCGAAAGAAAAGGGGAGACCAUAGAAAAAACUAUCAAGAACGAAGACGGUAGCGUUGAAGUCUCUCUGUCAAGAGGUGGAGCAGAAAUCUUCUCCUUGCGUUGGGCUUAA